AAGAAUCCUUGGAGUCGAACCGACCAGUCGCCAACAUCACCCACCAUAGCAUCAUGUACGCGCCAAAGUGUCUCGUCAUUGUAUCCCGACAGGAUUACAUCGAUACUUUUAGGAACUGCCUGGGUAUAAUCUACACGGUGUGGGUGGAGAACCUGGGCGUGCCGUUGGAGACGCUGGUGGGUAACCUGGUCGGCUGCGUCCUGGUACCGGGUGCGGGCGGGCCGCAGGUUCGCUUCAGUAUAGGAGCGGGUGACCGGCAGGCGUUGCAGCCGCCCGCCGCGCCGCCCAUGCCAGUCACCCACACAGCUGUGCACAUGCUACUGCGCCUGCUGGGUAUCCACAACUCGGUGACACUAUGGUGUGCGGUGAUGAGUGAGCACAAGGUCCUCCUAGUGUCGCUAGCUGCCGCCCGGCUGUCUGCUGCGUGUCGAGCUCUCGCAGCGUUGAUGUUCCCCUUUCGCUACGCCCACGUGUACAUACCACUGUUGCCUGCUGGUCUAGCGGAGGUGCUGGCAACACCGACGCCCUUCCUUAUCGGUGUGCAUUCCAGUCUCAAGGAGGAGGUGUCGGAAUUGUUGGACGUGAUAGUAGCAGACUUAGACGUGGGUUCGCUGCACAUUCCCGCGGGGGUGAACAUCCCCCGGCCGGAGGGCAAGUUGCUGGGCUCGCUGCAGGAAGCCCUGGCGCUGGUGUUACAGCCCGAGCUGCGCUCCGCGGACUCGGCCUUCGCCCCACCACCGCCCGCGGCCUCGCCCCCACAUAUGUUAGAUAAGGAGAUACGAGCCGUGUUUAUGAGGACUUUGGCUAAACUGCUACAGGGAUAUAGACACUGUUUGACAAUAAUCCGCAUCCACCCGUCCCCUGUGCUGACGUUCCACAAGGCGGGGUUCCUGGGCAGCCGCGGUCUGGCCGCCUGCCCCUUCGCCGUGCGUCUGCUCGACUCCAUGUUCUUCAACGGUCUGGUGGCGGAGCGCGGCCCGCCAUGGAGACCCACAGAUAUAUUUGAUGAACUUGUGCAGAAUUUACCGGAGCAACUCCGACUAGAAUCUCUGAACCCGGACAUCGAGCUGCAACACAUACAGGACCUGGCCAUGCAGUUACAUCUCAAUGAGAACCCAAAUCCACAGACGUACCAGCAGCGCGUGCUGCGGCCGCCGGCGGGGGCGGAGGCGCGCAUCCACCAGCCGCCGCUGCCCGCGCUCGACCCGCUCCGCGUGCGUGACGUCAUACGCGACGUCUCUCAGCGCAACGCAAACAACGCCAAAUUAACAGCAUUAAGGCCACCGCAGGCGCGGAUAGUACCGCCCGCAGCGCCCCCCACUGGCGGCGAGGAGCCCGGACAACUAUUGCUGACCAACUCUGCAAGAAGACUUGAAGUGUUACGUGCAUGCGUGGCGGCCAUCUUUGAGGGUCGUUACGCGGACGCGCGCAAGUCGUUCCCCGCAGUACUGCGUGCAUUGCGCGCGCCUGCAGCACGAUCAGCACUGGUGCGGGACCUGGCCGCCCGGCUGCCCACCAACAAGCAUCUGCUGCAGCAUCAUCAGUUCGAACUGCUCGUGUGUACCGAGGGCGGGGUGACGGCGGAUCAUGUCCGCUGCCUGCAUCAGAUGAUCCCCGGCGUGGUGCACAUGCAUCUAGAGACGCUGGAUGCUGUUGCGAGAGAGAGCAGACGACUGCCGCCAGUGCAAAAGGCACGUAUCGUGGCGCCGAGCAUGGUGCCGGGCGAGGCGGGCGCGGCGCCGGCACUGCGCGCUGUGCUGGUGGCUGACGGGCGCGAGUCGCCGCUGCUGCCGGCAGAGGGCGCACUAUUCCUCACCAACUACAGGCUUGUGUUUAAAGGCACGCCUAUUGAUCCUUUCGCGUGCGAGCAGACAGUAGUGCGUUCGUUCCCGCUGUGCGCACUGACGCGGGAGAAGGCGGUGCGCGCGCACGGCCCGCAGCUGGAGCCGCUGUCUGAUGGCCUGCAGCUCAGGGCAGCCACAUUCCAACUUAUUAAGGUGGUGCUGGACGAAGAGGUGAGCGGUGAACAAGCUGAGGCGUUCCGCAAGCAGGUGGCGCGGCUGCGGCAUCCCGCUUCCGCUGUGCUACACUUCGCCCUCGCACCACGACCCGCGCCGCCGCCACCGCUGCACGCUACUAAACACCAUACCCUUAAAGGUUUCGCGAAGAAGACUCUAUUAAAGACAGCUCGACGUGCUGGAUUAAAGCCCAAGCCGUCAAAGCGGCAGAAGUACGUGCUGCCGUCUGCCGACGCGCGUUCGCUGACGUCUCCGCCCCUCAUGUCCUCGCUGUCUGCGGACACACUGUCCUUGGAAGAACUUGAGUUAGGUGGCACGGAUAGUGCGGAGCCGCCGGCGGCGCGCACGUUGGAGCGCGUACGCGAGCGCAUAUACGCCCGCGACUGGGCGCGCCUCGGCCUCGCCAGCGCACCCUUCCGGCUGACACAUGCAAACGCUAUCUAUACACUAUGCAGAAGCUACCCGUGCGUGGUGGCGGUGCCUGCAGCGGUGAGCGACGAGUCUCUGCGACGUGCGGCUCGCUGCUAUCGCCAGGGACGUCUGCCUGCGCUUACUUGGCGACACCCGCGAACCCACGCGCUACUAGCUAGGUCGAGUGCUUCCCAUCAUAAAGGUGUGAUGGGUAUGCUGAAAGGUUCCAGCCAUCAGACGCCGGGCACAGCGCAGAGCGGUACAGAGCCCACAUCCAGCUUGGAGCAGGAGCGUUAUCUGUCCGCGUUGAUUGCGUGCACGCCGGCAGGUCGAGGCGAGCUGGAGGCCGCUUCCCUCAGCUUGGAGUCCCUGUUGCUGCCCGAGGACCACCACACACCACUCCUCGCCAAAGCCACCGGCACGCUCGGGGUGUUGGGGCGUAACAGUGGCGGCAAGGGCGGUGCUGCGGGUGGCCGGCAUUUCGGUCGUUGGGGUUCGCUUAAGGACCGCCGUCAGCCCUCGCAUCUGGAGCUCUACGUGCCCAAGCAGCGACUCUCCACCGCUGAUCUUGACUCAGUUUGCGGUGAGAGCAGCGGAGGCGGGGGCGGAGCACGGCGAGCUGCGCUGUACGUGCUGACAGACAAGGGCGGUGCGGGAGGCGUGUCCGGGGGCGGGGCGGAGGCGCCCGCGGUGCAGGCCGUGCCUGUGGAGUACCCCGAUGCGCGCGCCACCAAGCACGCUUUUAAAAAAUUGCUGCGUGCCGCCGCACCAUCCGCGCCUCCGCAGCACGACCAUCCCGGCUUCCUACGACUGGUGGAGGAGUCGGGGUGGUUGUGGCAGCUGCGACAGCUGUUCCAGCUGUCUGGGGCUGUGGUGGACCUGCUCGACCUGCAGGGCUCCUCUGUGCUGCUCUCGCUUGAGGAUGGCUGGGAUGUUACUUCGCAGAUAUCAUCGCUGGCUCAGAUCUGCCUGGAGCCAUACUACCGCACGCUGGAGGGCUUCAGGAUUUUAGUGGAGAAGGAGUGGCUUGCCAUGGGGCAUAAGUUCCAGCAGCGCUCAAACCUUGCCGCCGCACCUCAGCAGGGUUUCACACCUACAUUCCUUAUGUUCCUGGACGCUGUACAUCAGUUAGUAAAGCAGUUCCCUUUGGCGUUCGAGUUCAAUGACUACUAUUUGCGCUUCGUGGCGUACCACAGCGUGUCGUGUCGCUUCCGUACCUUCCUGUUUGAUAGUGAAGCUCAACGCGCGGAGCUCGGCCUCGCGCACGCUGACGACCGCCGCGCUGACGUCACACGACUGGGUGUGGAGACAGGUGCGGGCGCGGGCGAGGAGGAGUGCGGCGGGCGCGCGGCGGCGCACGGCGUCUCGCUGUUCGACUUCGUGGAGCGCGUACAUCAGCGCACACCGCUCUUCUACAACUUCCUCUACACGCCAGACUUUGACAACCCCGUGCUGCGGCCGGUGUCGGCGAUUAACUGCCUGGAGGUGUGGGAAUACUACGUUAGCGAGGAGCUGUCUCAUGGCGCGCCCUACGACCUGGACCUUGUGCCGAACGGCGAUGCUGAGCCCCGGGCGGCACGUCGCGUCGUCACCGCGGGCUACGACAGCGUGUCGCGCUGUAUGCCGGACGCCUUCAGCGGUCUGCUGGAGCGCGUGCGACAACUGGAGCUCGAGCUCGGCCAUCUGCCGCAGAAGUGGCGAGUGCGCUGGGACCAGCUCGAGUUGCCCAACACUCUAGAGCUACAGCGCAAUGCAUCGAUGUGCAGUAGUGUGGUGCGCCGGGCGACUGCGGCAGCGCACCGGCGCGGCACGCUGGAGGUGCUGGUGCGCGGGCUAGCGGCGGCGCCCCAGCACGCCCCGCACGCGCCACACGCAGCGCCCGCACACCGCUGGGCCCCCGCAGCACACGCUGCGCCUGCUCGCUGCGACCACUGCGGUGAUCUACUAUGGGGACCGCUAGAGACGGGCGUGCGUUGCGUGGACUGCGGCGCGGCGUGCCACGAGCGGUGCGCGGAGACGUUCGCGUUGCCGUGCACAAAGUACAAGGCGCCGCCGCCAGACCGCGACCGAGACCUGCGCACAAACGUCGCCAACAGUGUGGCGACGCUACAGUCCUCGUCUCAGCAGUACUACGAGCAGUUCUCCUCGAACGUGGCGGAGGAUCGCACUCACGAGGGACACCUCUACAAGCGCGGUGCACUGCUCAAAGGAUGGAAGCAACGUUGGUUCGUGCUGGACUCCAUCAAGCAUCAACUGAGGUACUACGACGCGAUGGAAGAUUCGCAUUGUAAAGGAUUUAUUGAUCUAGCGGAGGUGAUAACAGUGACGCAGGCGGCGCCGGCGCCCGGACCGCCCAAGAAGUGCGACGACAGAUCCUUCUUUGAUUUACGGACGAGUCGACGGACGUACAACUUCUGUGCAAGCGACGCUAAUGCUGCGCAGGAGUGGAUCGAGAAGUUGCAGGCCUGUCUCCAGUGAGACCCCGGUCUCUGGUCUUCGGUCUCCGGACUCUGCAGACCGAAGACUACAAGAUUGUAAAUACAAAUAUAUUUCUGCAAGACUUUAUACUCAUUGCAUUUGCAGUGUAUUUUAUGUUAUCACGAUGUUUAAGUUUGUGGACAUUAGUGUGGGUUUUCAUUGCACUUAUCUCUGACAAAAGAAAGACUACACGUGUUGAUAUUGUCACAGCAGUGGAAACCCACAGAUUGUUUCUCAUAUGUUCAUUUUAUGAGAUAUUAAAAAAGCUGUACAGUCGAACCAGGAUAAACGAGAGUCAAACCGUCUCUAUUCCAAGUUUCUCGCCUAUGGUGGUCGUUUUUUCCGUUCUGUUGGAUUAGUCGUCAAACAAUGCCUCUCUUUUAUAGAGGAUUCUCGUUUAUCCUGGAUCGAUUAUAUUUAGUUGAUGUAAAAAUACCUCAAGGUUCUUUGAGGGCUUAACAAUUAUUCCAAGUUAAAAAAAAGCAUUUUAAAUUAAUUGUAAUUAUGUGAACGUCACAAUAUGUUGUUUGUUAGUGUUAUAAUUUUGCCGUUGGAUUUUAAACUAUAUUGAGAAGGAAAUAAGAGUUAAAAUUGAGAAAGAAGUAUUGUUUAAAGGAAAUUAGAUCUUAAUAUGGGAAGUGAUAAACUCUUCCAUAUCCAGUUUUGUUGCUGACCGUACAUUGAGAUUAUUCUGUCAUUUAUUUUUAUUUACUUAUAAGUUACAUUAUUUAUCUGUCUGUACAUUACAUAU